GAACGAGUAAGAAAGACGGGCCAUUUCUAGGUACAGGAAUGUGUCGUUUCGUGACAGAGUCUCUAGGGGGCAUUAUGGUAUAUUAGACACUUGAGGCAUUUUUCUUCCUCACAAGGAGUGAAAACAUACGGGAGUGUAGACUCCCUACUCCUAAAAAAAUCCUAUUAAUUUUCGGAAUCCAAGCAUCGAAACGUCGAUUGGUUUCACCCCGACUAUGGAAAGCGUUUUAAGAUUGACGUAUUCUCAGAAUUUGUUGCUCUCAAGUGUCUAGUAUUUUUGUUGCUACUUUACUGGUACACAUGUCUUAGAGCUGAUGGGUACUAAUCGCGUGUGGUUGAAGUUGUUUGUUAAACUAAUGUGAGCUAAUGGAAUUGCUCGAUAAGAGGAUGCUAUAAUGGAGAUUCAUCUUUGGAUUGUACUAAUUUUUGUACAACACACUCGAGGAUUUCAUGGGUUAAGGUUCACCAAGAGCCCAGCUAACCUCACGGUGACCCAGGGUAACAUGGCACGUCUGGGAUGUGCCAUCGAGGGCUUGAGCGAGCCAGAGAUCGUGUGGAUGAAGGAUGGGGAAAAGGUGUACAGCACAGACCAGAUGUACAUCAACCUGGACCCCCACCACUGGGAGACCUUUCACACCGUAAAGUCAGUCCAGCAACAAGAUGCUGGCAAAUACUGGUGUGAGGUUGAAAAUUAUGGUGCCAUUAUCUCCUCUGAGCCGGCUUGGAUCACCGUGGAAGGUGUGCCUCACUUUGUACUGGAACCACAGGAUGUAGCCACAUUUCCAGGGGCCCCUUUUAACCUGACAUGCACAGCUGUUGGCCCUCCUGAGCCAGUGGAGGUGCUGUGGUGGCUUGGGGGAGUGAUGAAGGGAGACUUCACACCUUCCCCGUCUGUUCUCAUCGUUCCAGGAGUAAAUGACAGCAUAAAGUUUUAUUGUGAGGCCAAGAAUGCCAAAGGUGUUUCUGUGUCUCGGACUGGCACUGUUUACAUAAAAGUACUUCCAGAUUCCCCUACAGCUCUUCAUGUUGACCAGGUGUCUGAUAAUAUGACCCUGAUGUGGACUCCAGGGUUCACUGGCUAUUCUUCCCUGUCAACAUGCACCAUUCAGAUGUCUAGCAGCUCUAGAAAGAAGCUAAAACGUCCUGACAAGGAAGUUUCAGUGCCUCCAUUCCAGCAUACUAUUGAAGGACUCCGCAGUCACUCCAACUACAGCGUGCGAAUCCGCUGUGAUAAUGAGGUUGGCUCCUCCCCCUUUUCUCCUUGGCUGGACUUUCAGACUCCAGAAUCAGUGCCAUCAGCAGCUCCUAAGAACCUAACCUUUGACCUGACAGAGCAGCAGCUCUCUCUCACCUGGGCAGCACUGCGAGAAGAAGAGCUGAACGGACGACUGCUGGCAUACAAGUUGCAAUGGAACCUGGGAGGAGAGAGUCAGGAGCCAUUUCUGUUUAAGGAAAACUUCGCCCAUUUCUCUGGAGGUGGCCGAUUUUUCAACGCCACUUUUCAGGUGUCUGCGUGCACCGUGGUGGGAUGUGGGCCCUGGAGCCGGCCGGUGCUCAUUACACCAGCUUCAGCCAUGCAAACGCAGACCCAGAGAGAGCACAUGUGGGUGGGCCUGGUCUCAGGGCUGCUGGUGGUCGCAGUGUUUGGUCUCCUGCUGACUGUCUUGGUGCACCGCAGAGGCAAAGAGACACAGUUUGGAUAUGCAUUUAAGACUCCAGGGACAGAGAGCGUGGUGACUUUCACAGCAGCAAGGUCCUUCAGCAGACAGGGCCCUGAGCUCCCAGAAUCCACCUUGGACAGCCUAGGCAUCAACGAUGAUUUAAAGACCAAGCUGCAGGAUGUCCUCAUCCCUGAAAGGCUCCUUACCCUUGGCCAAAUGUUAGGGAAAGGUGAGUUUGGCUCCGUGAGAGAGGCCUUUCUUAAGAUGGAGGACAGCUCCAUGCAGGUGGCAGUGAAGGUGCUAAAGACUGACAUCAGCACCUCAAGUGAUAUUGAACAGUGCCUGAAAGAGGCUGCCUACAUGAAGGAUUUCCACCAUCCCAACGUGAUCCAGCUAAUAGGGGUGAGUCUUCACAGACGGCCCCAGCAGCGCUUACCCAUUCCCAUGGUGAUCCUCCCAUUCAUGAAACAUGGUGAUCUGCACACUUUCCUCCUCAUGUCCCGUCUUGGGGAUGAGCCCUUUACCCUCUCCCUACAAACGCUCGUUCAGUUUAUGUUGGAUAUUGCACGGGGGAUGGAGUAUCUAAGUAGCAAAAGCAUCAUCCACAGGGAUCUGGCUGCUCGCAACUGCAUGUUGAAUGAGAACAUGACGGUGUGUGUAGCAGACUUUGGCCUUUCCAAGAAGAUCUACACUGGUGAUUAUUACAGACAGGGGUCUGUCUCCAAGCUACCAGUGAAGUGGAUAGCACUAGAAAGUUUGGCUGACAACGUCUAUACAACGCAGAGCGAUGUGUGGGCUUUUGGGGUUACCAUGUGGGAGACAAUGGCUCUGGGGCAGACUCCUUAUCCUGGGGUGGAGAACUCUGAGAUCUACGAGUACCUCAUCAAGGGCGAGAGACUCAAACAGCCACCUGACUGUCCAGUUGAAGUCUAUGAGAUUAUGCACAGCUGCUGGUCUCCUGUGCCCAAGUGUCGUCCCAGUUUUCAACACCUGAUAGCCCAGCUAGAUGGCCUCUGGGCUGGACUGCCUCCAACACCUGCAAAGGAGCCCCUGCUCUAUGUAAACAUGGAUGGUGAGGUGGACUCUGGGCUUGGGGCCGGGCCUGGGACAACAGUCAGUGGGGAGCCUUUGAGGGCAGUGCCUUGGCAGUGUGUUGGAAUGGAGGAGGAUGAAAAAGACUGGCUUGUGGGGUCAUCGGGGUCUGUACUGGCAAUUGGUGGAGACUAUCGCUACAUCACUGGCCCAUGUAAUGUCAUGGACGGUGAUGGUGGGCACUCUGAGGAUGGCCUGUCGGAGGAUACCCGGGAUGAAGAUAUCAUAAAUGUGUGAACUUUUACUUUUUCCCUUUUGUGAAAAGGAGACUGAAUAUGUCCCUUGCUUACUCGAGUAAUCACCUAGGCUGCUACCUAGAAGGUGGCCUUGAUUUAAAAAAAAAAAGCAUAAGAACGCAUUAAGGGUGACACAUCAUGCACGAUUUCUGGAUGCAUUUGAGUGGUAGUGAAUAAUGGACAUGAUUAUUAUGUUGCCCUAUGGGUCAACAUGAAGAUCGAUUCAUCUGGUAAUACCAUAAAGUAAAGGGACCCUUUAGGCACUAAUUUUCAAAGUAACAGAUGCGAAUUAAUUUAGACAAGGCUCCAGCAAUAACAAGAGGUUACAAUUCAUUACCAUAAAAAUAAAUAACCAAGUUUCGUUCUCAAAAUCCCCAAUUAAGGCUAUUAACCAAUAUAUCUAAUUUAUGUUGAUGUAUAUGAUCCAUGAAAACUGUUGUUUUCUGUGCCUUUUUUUAGAUGGUGCCUUUUCUAUACCAACAUUUAAUUGCAGCAAAUAUACAUGCAAAGAUAAACUUUACAUGGCAUUAUAGAUCUGGAACUUUAUAAUAUCAGUCUAUGAAUUUGUUGCACAUAAGCUUAAAAAACAAUGCUGUACAUUUAAGAGACGAUGUUUCAAGGGCAUUACUGCUGUGCUGUGUUCUGUGCAUAAUUGCCUGAUGAAUGUCAUCCCGAAGCCCACAGGAGCGUGUUCCGUGUAUGAAAGACAUUAAAACUUGGUGUAAGUAGGUUCAA